AUGUCCUGUCGACGUUUGUUUGUCGUUGCCACGUUGGGGGCACUGCUGGUGUUUCACGGCAAGGCUACCGAGUUCGAGAAAGUGUUUGAAUGGAAACAGCUGUCCUACAGUGAUCUUCCCGAUCGCAGUAAAGGCGGCAACAGUGCGAUUGUAUUUCCUAGAACGCUGGGAGAUGCCGAGAACGAAACAUUCCAAGCGUACGGUAACAUUCCGAUGGGUGCCACCCAUCACAGGAACCGGCUGUUUAUCACGGUGCCACGUCGAAGGCCGGGUGUACCGGCAACACUGAACGUGAUCGAUCUGUCGAAGGUGGCGCACGGUGAUCGUAGCCCACCGUUGAAAGCCUAUCCGACCUACCCAAUCAACGAGCUGCAGCCGGAAUAUGUGCCUGAUCUGAGACGGUUGGUUUCGGUGUAUCGCACCAGGGUGGAUGCCUGCGAACGGCUGUGGUUUGUUGAUACGGGCAUGCUAGAGUACCCGGACAAUCGACUGCAGCUGCAACGUCCCCAGAUCUGGAUCAUCGAUCUGAACCGCGAUCAGCUGGUGCAACGCUACACCAUACCGGACUCGAUCGUACGGGAAGGGGUCGGAAUGGCGAGCAUCACCGUGGACGUUGAGCCGUCCGACUGUGGCGGCGCAUUCGCCUACAUUCCGGAUCUGGCCGCAAACGCCAUCCACGUGUACAGUUUGCGCGAUAAUGACAUGUGGUCGUUCAAUCAUACGUCGUUUGCGCACGAUCGGAACCGUACCGCGCUGAACGUGGCCGGCCAACGGUUUGAGUGGGAUGACGGUGUGUUUUCGGUGGCGGUCGGACAGAAUGAUACGCUCGCCCGUUCGAAGCUGGUCUACUACCAUCCGAUGGUAAGCACCACCGAGUUUGGGACGUUUUCCAGCGUGCUGCAGAACAAACGGAUCGCACUGUCAGGGAAUUACGAUGGUCUGUUCGAAUCGUUGGGUGACCGGGGUGCAAACACGCAGUCGACCAUGCACCACUACGAUGCACGCACCGGGGUAUUGUUCUACGCCGAGAUAAACCGGAACUCGAUCGGCUGCUGGAACACCAAUCACAUCUUCGAUGCGGGCAAUCACGCGGUGGUCCAUCUGGACAAUCGGGAGCUUAUAUAUCCGACCGACUUGACGAGCGACAGCGACGGCAUGCUGUGGGUGUUAUCCAACAAUCUACCGAUCUGGAUCUACUCGCGGCUGAAUGAGAGUGAUUACAAUUUUCGCCUAUGGCGACAGGAUCCGGCCGUUGCUAUCCGGGGCACAAAGUGUGAUAAUGCUCCAUAG